AGAACACUCGGCUCGCUCACUCGUCGUCCGGCGCGCGUCCACUACACACCUUUAACACAUUAAGAGGAGGCAACAAUACUCCCUUUUUUCUUCCUUUAACUGAAAAAAAGUUUUAAUACCCACAACACAAAAUGUCUCUCGCGGAUCCCGUGGCCUUUGCCAAGGAUUUUAUUGCCGGUGGUUGUGCCGCUGCCAUCUCAAAAACUGCCGUUGCGCCGAUCGAACGUGUCAAGCUGCUUCUUCAGGUACAGCACAUCUCGAAGCAAAUCGCUGAGGACCAGCGUUACAAGGGUAUGGUAGAUUGCUUCGUCCGUAUCCCAAAGGAGCAGGGUUUCCUCAGUUUCUGGCGUGGUAACUUCGCAAACGUCAUCCGUUACUUCCCCACCCAGGCCCUCAACUUUGCCUUCAAGGACAAGUACAAGCAGGUGUUCCUUGGUGGUGUUGACAAGAACACCCAGUUCUGGCGUUACUUCGCUGGUAAUCUUGCUUCUGGUGGUGCUGCUGGUGCCACAUCACUGUGCUUUGUCUACCCACUUGACUUCGCCAGAACCAGAUUAGCUGCUGAUGUCGGUAAAGUCGGUGGUGACCGUGAAUUCACCGGUCUUGGUAACUGCCUGACCAAGAUUUUCAAAUCUGACGGUCUCGUUGGUCUGUACCGUGGAUUCGGUGUAUCAGUCCAGGGUAUCAUCAUCUACCGUGCCUCAUACUUCGGUUUCUAUGACACCGCACGUGGUAUGCUCCCAGACCCCAAGAAGACACCAUUCCUCGUCUCCUGGGGUAUUGCACAGUGUGUCACUACUGUCGCUGGUAUCAUCUCAUAUCCAUUCGACACAGUACGUAGGCGUAUGAUGAUGCAGUCUGGACGUGCCAAGAGUGAAAUGCUCUACAAAAACACCCUCCACUGCUGGGGAACCAUCUACAGAACUGAGGGUGGUGGUGCCUUCUUCAAGGGUGCAUUCUCGAACGUUCUUCGUGGUACUGGCGGUGCCCUCGUAUUGGUACUCUACGACGAGAUCAAGAACCUCCUCUAAACAGUUUUUUUCAAGUCCACAACAAUAAGAAAAACAACCGAGAAAAACCUUUUCCCCUAUUUUUCCUCCUCACCCAUCUACUCGACAAAAACACUGCGACCCCUCACCAUCUUCAUCAUCAACAACACCAAUAACCGGAGAAUUUCACUGUUAAAACGUGAAAUGUCAAGCAAUUCAGGAAGCCGGAAAAUUCCCGAGUCUUUGGACACGAUCUACCAUCAUUGAAAAAAAAAGGAAAAAGCGAAAAUGGAAAAUAUUAAACUCGUCGACAAUUUUAUGAAUGAAAAAUAAACUUAUGGUAGCUUGACGUCCUUUAGCUCAUGUAGAGCCUAGCCUCGGCUCUGUUCAGUUUAUCUAAGUUUGUCCUUUUCGUUCUUUCUUUUUUCUUUAAAUUUAUUACCGGAUUCAGUAUUCAUUGCAGCGACUCCCGGUACACGAUUAUUUAAUUAAAGAAAAUAGCAGAAUUUUAAUUUAAUUAAUACAAAGCUUCGCUUGCGAGCGGAUCGCGAGUGUGACAACAUUUGUGAAAUUUAACGGCACGUCCCUCAAAACGACUGCCUAACGAAAAAAAAAAUAAAAAAAAAUAAACAAAACUAGAACAUUCAUAAUUUAAUCUAAUUCAAUCCAGACGCAAGUCUGUCGACUCAUCAUGUUGAUGACUGAUUUAAAAACAAAUGGGAGAUUCAGAAUGUGCUCGCUGUACGAGCGAAUCAAGGUGAAUAUGUGAAGAUUUAACAGCGACGAAACUUAAACCUAAUUAAUUUAAAUCAAAAAGACACAAUUGAGAGGGACGCGCGACGAUUUAUUAAAUAAAAACAACAACACAACAGAGAAGAACCAUCGACGACGAUGGCGGGGUGCGUAGACCUGGGCUGCCCCCGCCCUUUAUUCUCGGCCCAUUGUAGAUAAUUAAUAAUUCGUAAUAAUUACAUGAGAAAAUAUGACGCGAUCAUUCAACGAUAUCCGUGAACAAAAAGUACACCAUGUUUAGGGGGAUGAUUAACUCAAUAAAAUAAUUAAUUCGCACUCCAGACAUCAGUGUGUAAGAUAAUGAAAAAACAAUGAGUCUGUGUAUGCAUCUACUUCUGUUCAUGUUAGGAUGUAUGCAGAUCAAAUGUCGAAUCAAUAAAAAAAAGUGGAAACUA